AUGCUUGUGAUGGAUCGUUUAUUUGCGAACAAGCGUUCAACUAGUUUCAAGAUAUCACAAUUUGUCGCAGUAUCAAUCGCUAUUAUCACGCUUUCGACCACCAUGAACAGCAGUGCGUUCAACAUUCAUCAGACGUCUUCGUAUCAACUUGAUUGUGUCUUUUUGGAGUGUGAACGAAAUACUUUCGAUAAAUUAACCACGCAUUUAACAAAUUCCAAUGGUACCACUGAAGAAUGUAGUGGAUGUCGGCAUUGUACUUCUGCUGGAUAUAGCGUUUGUAUGAGAUUACGCGAGAGCGCGCUACGGGCUCGUCGUGCUCCGGACGAGACGAUUGGUGACUGUGGAUGUGCGCAUACAAUUCCUCAAGCAUGCGAUUCGAAACCGAUUCGACAGAAACCUAGAAAUGAUUCAACGAAACUUUUUAACGUUUGCUAUCAUUCAGCACUGCAGUUGCCACCAAAACCUCAGGCUGAGAAUCGUCGGUUAUCUGUGCUAUUGAUAGUCGAGCCAUUCUGGUUACAACCGUACUGGCGAAGUGAACUGACUCUAUCAAAUUUUACCAUUCGUUAUAAAUUUCCAAUUCGUUUGGCUGAGAAUUGUGAUGGUGAAGUGAUCAAAAAAGAAAGUGAUAAUCAUUUCGAUUUAAUGUGCAGUGCGAAUCUUACAAUCGGAAUGAGUGCUGAUACAAUCAAUUCGGAAAAGGAUGCAGACGAAUCAGCACUUGAUGAUGAUAACAGUACAGAAUUGGACAAUCUAGAUGAAACCAUAGCAGAAAACGAUGAUGACGACUAUUAUGAAGAUGAUGGCUUCUCAGAAGUGCAGUUCGAUAGGGCUGUUUUCGCUGGGGCUAAGUUUGUGAAAUUCUGGUAUACGGUAGAUGUGCAACGUCCACGACAAUUGAAUAACGCCCGUCGCAAUAUGAAUGAUGCUGCGAUUAUUGAUGUGGAAUCGUCGAUUAGUUCAGAAAUUCUGGAAUUUGAUCUAGAGACAGACAAAUACGGAUUUGGAGAUGCUGAAGGUUUAGAUGAUGAACGUGAAAUGGAUAAAGCAGAUGAUAGCGGUGAUGAAUUCGAUUUGGAUGAUGAAGCGAUUGAUCGUGAGGCAGCUGCUGACCAAGAACUGCUUACAGAAAAAAGUGCCGCAGAAAUCGCUCGAGAGAUCGACUUCUUUGCUGAUGAUAGCGUUGACUCGCCGAUGAAUGACAAUGAAGAUGGUGAUGCUGAUGAGAGUGGAGAGGAUGAAGAUGAGGAACAAAGCCAUGAAAUUAGCGAAUCAACUCCGACUGAAGUAGUCUCAGAUGGUCAACUGAUAAGUGAUACAAUGAAGGUUUCUGAUGAAGAUGAUGCAUCGUUCAGUGAUGUUAGCGAAAGCGUUGAUCAAGAUUCAAACGAAACUACUCAUGAAAACGCUAUUGAAAGCAACACAGCAGAAGAGGAAAACCAAAAGAACGGCCACAUCCCGGCUAGUGCGGAUGACGUUGAUAAUAACGAUAAUGAUGAAGGUGUGAGAACGAUUGCUGAGAAUGAAAAGACGAAUACAGCAAAUGCUACAUUGAGGCAUAAUAAGUCUGGUGCAGAUAUGGAAGGGGAUGGUGAUAAAGAAGCAGAAGGUAGUCUGAAAGAAAUAGAAGAGGUGGAGUUGGCUGAAUUGACUGCUGACGAUGAGGUAAGCCAGCAACCGAAUGAGUUGAGUCAAGAAGAGGAGAGUGAACAACACCCAUCCGAAGUGCAUCAAGAGGAAGAGGUGAAAACUGAUUCACGAGAGCUGAACCUCUCGCAAGAUGAAGAUCAGUCAUCGAACGAACUGGCUGCAAGCAUCAGUGAUAGCGUUAACUAUCUUCAACAAGACACCUCCACCGAUGUCAAUCGUGAACUCAUUACGGCAACUUUCGAUAUGGAUCGCUACUCUGAUGAUUCUUUAGAAAGCCAUCGAGUCUCGUCUGCAUUCUCAUCGACAUUUUCACCGUCUCCAAUUACCGGAGAAGCGUAUGAAUCUGUGGAACGUGAAGAUGAGGCUUACGAUGAAGGCGAGCGUGAGGAAUUUGGCGAUUUAACAGCAAAUUUGCAAGAAGAAAUUACAUCGACAGGAAAAAGUUUCAUAACAGGUGAAGAAUCUGUCCCAUCUUCAACACUGAAUCAACCCAAUCGGAUCAACGGUAAGAACGAUUCGAAUUUGGUGAACAUUCAGAACGCAUGA